AUGAGAAGGGAAAGAGAAUCGAAUGCUGGGCACGGGUCAAACAACAGCUCAAACAACAGCUCAAACAACAAACUAGCAAGUUGGCCAGUGAGAAGGCCAGAGCCUAUUCUGCGCGCUCCACCGUCAUAUACCAGUCAAUUACCGCCAUAUUCUGCCGAGGACCCCGUCAACCAGAUCAACGAGAUUAACCCUGCCGAACCACAGCAACCCUUAGAACCCUUGGAACCUCCAAAGAAAGCUGCUACUAAAUAA